AUGGUUCAGUGGCAUGCCACCAUCUAUUGCCAGUGCCAAAAGCAACUCAUUGCACUGGGGGCUGGGGAGGACAUUCUUGGCAAAUACCAAGAAUUGAAUAGGGCAGACCUGACUGUGAGUGCCACAAUUGCAGACCCAAAUGCAAGAGGUCAUCAUGAUGACACUCUGGCCUGGUUUUGGACUGUGGACCUUCCCUGGGAUUCUGCCAUGAAUGACAGGAUGUUGGAAUGUAGGCAGAUCAAUUGGGCUUUCAACUGGCUGUGUACAAAAGUGCUAUGGGAUUCCUGGGAAGAAGAGCUAGAGUUACUCACACUGGAGACUGGGUGGACACAGAAAUUCUUCUUACACAAGGAGAAAUUCUGGAGUGGCUGGCAUAUGGAGGCAUUGGCAGUGGGCAAUACUGGCUUCACAUGUUAUAUGGCUAGGCAGUCCCAGAUGUAUUGGGAUUUAGCCAGAACACUAGGAUGUACUUCAAGAUAUGAAUUGGAAGAGUAA